UUAAAACAUAAAAAUGCCAAGAGACAUAUCAUCUUCAUCGAGCGAGGAUGAAGCGGACAGUCCAGUUACAAAACCACCGGUAAAGCAAAAAGAACCGGAUAAGAGGACCACUAGGUACCAGUGUCCUGCUGACUUUGUGUCUUUCUGCCAUAAGCCAUGCAGCAGCACUCUAACAGAGAGUCUGAAGAACAACAAGAAUGAGUUAUGGCUCAUUAAAGCUCCUGCCAGCUUUAAUCCGGAAUGUUUCAGUGGCAUCAAGGUGCCGCUCUCCGGUCUCCAGACCCUGAAGGUUCCCACUGCUGCAGGCGGAGCCAAGUCUGGGAGUGGCCAGCAGAUCUACAGCAUCCUGGCAUCCUCCCACAGUCCCUCAGAGCUCCGCUUGCUCACCAGUGACGAACAGUCAUCAGGUGGUGUCGUUUUUGGUCCUACGUUCUCAGGCCUGCUAAAUGUGUGUGAGAACUAUGGAGGCAGCAGUGCGACCUAUGCCCCUCAGGUGAUCCCCGCUGCUCCAGCACCCGCCAUACCACCGGGGCUGAAACAGCGAUUCCACCCCUUCGGCUGUAAGACCCCCACGCUGACCUGUGUGGCCGAGAAUGAGGUGGACGGAGCCGCCUUCGGGCCCUCAUCUACAACCCUCUGCCCUCUGGUAGUCAAAAGAUUCAUAGAAGAAACAGGGCAUGAGGAAGAGGACGAGGAAGGGAGGAAACAGAAGAAGAAGAAAAAGAAAGAAAAGCGCAUAAAGACAGAGCGAGAGGAGGUGGUGAGCGUGAAAGAGGAACCUGCAGCUGACAUUCAGGACGAAGUGAUGAUGGAACUGCCCCUCCAAGAGGAAGAUGUUUCAGAGGAGAAGAGGAAGAAGAAGAAGAAAAAGAAGGACAGGGAGCGAGAGGAGGUGGAGGAGGGACUGGAGCCCAGUGUGAGAGUGAAGGUGGAAGACGCAACAGUGAAAUGUGAACCAAUAGACACUUCAUAUGGUGAUGUAGUGGAAGGCUCGGGAAAGAAGAAGAAAAAGAAGAAGAAAAGCAAAACUGAUGAGGACUAGUCUGUUUUUUUCUGUGUUCAGUUUUCUUUAUUUGUUUAAGUUUUGACUUUAUGAACUCACCUGGGAGCCAAUUUACUACUAAUCCACUCCGUUGUAUUGAUAGAUCGCAUAAUGCAAGACCUGUUUUGGCAGGAUGUUGUAUUUUGAAAAAAAGAGCACAUCCUGAAUCGAUUGAACAGUGACACAAAUUAUAAAGUGGGUUCAUCCCAGCGUCUUUAAGGCCAAUGUUCCUUUCACUCUGAGCUUAGAAAGUGACAGUUUUAUACACAGACCGUGUGCGGCCGCAGGCAACUAUGAGCACAUGGGUAAUAAGAGUGUACAUGGUGGGAGUUUCUGCUCUUUAUGCCAGUGUCUGUCAGGCUGUGGUAGAUUUUAUGGGAUUAUGCUCAAACUGUGUUGCUGUGUCUGUGUACAUAUUUACAAAACUGGGCUGGUAACGUCACUGGUUUGGCAGCAGGUUCAGAAAACCAGAGCUGAUAUAAAGACAGAAUAAUGGUUCAGUGUCACGUAAGGUUGUUGGUUUUUUUUUUUUUUAAAAAUGAGCUGAGUCAUAGAAAUUAUGUGAGUGCAAGAAAACACAUGUUAGAAAAUA